AGCCGGACUUUCCAGAGCUCAGUUUCUGCUCCCAAACCCAAUUCAACCGCCGUCGCGGAAGUAAAAGCCACGGGCCAGUGCCGGGUGCAGUGCUUAUGAAUAAAGUCAGUGUUCGUGAUGGAGGAGACCCAAAACUUGGCUGAGGAAUAUGUGCAGGACUUCGUGUUAGACCAUUUCGAGGAUGUGACUGUUAAACGCGAGGACAAACGUCAAAUGAUUGACGCCGACACUACUUGGUUGCAGCAGGAGGAUUCGUCCAGCAGGCUGUGCAGGAGUCAAUGGGACGAUAAAAGGAUACCUUCGCCUCCACCCGAAUCGAUGUACGUUCAACAACCAGUAUUAGUGAAUAUGUCGCUGAUGAACGACCCUGGAACGCCUCCCGACACCCCCCCGAACAACUCCCCGCUUCCUUGUAGACCCCCUGGCAUGAUGGAGGAGAUGCUGUGGUUUCCCCAGAGUAUGCGAGCAGAUCCACAGCCUCUCGACCUCCGACCCCUACACUGCAUGGGCGGCGAACCGGACUGGGAAAGAAGGGAGUACAUUCCAUCGGGAAUGAUUCUCGACACUCCCAACCAUCAUAUUAUCCACAACCAAAGGCCGCUAUCGGUUUGUUCCGGGGCGAGUGCUCUUUCUCCGAGGCUGAACCACAACAGUGGCUAUUCCACCUGCUCAGAAGACAUCGGAUUGAACGACGACAUGUUGAUGUCGUUGUCGGUUAGAGAACUCAACAAGAGGCUACACGGGUGUCCGCGGGAGGAAAUCGUGAGGCUGAAACAGAAGAGGAGGACGCUCAAAAACAGGGGCUACGCGCAAAACUGCCGAUCGAAGAGGUUGCAGCAAAGACAGGACCUCGAGCUGACCAACAGGAAUCUCCAACUCGAACUGCACAGACUGAAGUCGGAGCUAGCCAGGGUUUCCCAGGAGAGAGAUCUGCUGAAGCAGAGGCUGCAGCUUGGAAGGCCCCCGCACCUCAGCAACAGCCUCAACUCCGACGGGCAGAGUUCACCGGAGUUUUACCUAUGACAUCAUUUCCCGGGUCGAAGGAUUCAGUGAUUUUCGGCCCCACGGUUCAUAAAAACUGAUAAAGAUGUACCGUGAACUCUACAAAAAGUGACUUCAAUAUUUGAAGGAGUGAUUCGCACAAUCCAUUUUCAGUUAGGGAUUAAGACUGUUGAGAGUUUCGUUCAAAGUUUUGAUUUGUUAUCAUAUCACUCAAAGUGAAUGGCAUAUCUUCCUUUAUUAGUUGUUUCUUUCGUAUAUCUAUUUUUAUAUCAAUCAGGUGUUUUCUGAAUCUGAAAGGUUGUGUCAAUAAGAUAUAAUAUAUGUUACGUUAUUGUACUGUAAAUAAAAUUGUCUAGUGGAAAUAAGUAAACACAUUUGUUAGUAUUCAUACAUAA